GCAAAAGGCCAGGACAGCCCCGGGGUGCGGGUCCUUCAUCUAAGUCUACAUCGAGCCGACGAGCACUCCUCCUCCGAGGUCUUUAGUGCGUGCUUUGAUGCAACUAUGUUCCAACGACUGUCCACAACGUGGAUGUUUGCCUUCUUCAGACCCUAGAAAGUAUGUUGGUUGUGGAAAGCAUCUAUGCACCUUCUACUAGGACCCUUGCAUUCGAAGCUCUAGAUUCGAUGAUACCUGGCAUGUGGCGCGACAACAAACCACAAGAUGGGCUGUCAACAGACCCGAACUGCAUUUCGUUGGACUAAAGAGAAGGCAGCAAUGUUAUCGCCGGAAAUGUGACGAGAUCCUGCCUUGUAUAAGGAGUUAGCAUGGCUCUGCCAAUUCUCGUCUUCGCAACUCCCUGCCAACUUGUCGCUCAAAUCCUGCUGGUUGAAGCCGGACCCAAUGUCAAUGGUCUCGAGUCUAUCGCGUACCCUAACACUAGCACUGGUGCCGGAAGCGACAUUGACUGGGCUUAUACGUCAGUUUCGCAAGCCAACGUAGACAACCGAUCGAUCGCGGCGCCCGCUGGCAAGGCCCUCGCUGCCUGGGUCCGCGGCCAUACUGUCGAUUACGACCUCUGGGCCGAAGAGGUCGGCGAUGAUCGAUGGAGCUACGAGGGCCAGCUUCCCUACAUGAAGUUGACAGAGAAGUUCUUCGACGCCAGCAUCAACCCUUCCCAGCACGGAGAAAACGGUUCCAUGAUCAUCCAGGGCGUCACGCCCAUGAACCGACACUUCCCCAUGCGAGAGAAGUUGGCCGAGUCCCUCGAAGCUCUCGGUGUCUCGGCACUGCCCCAGCUCGACGCGAACGCCGGAAACCCCAUCGGUUACGGAGACCUCCAGGAGAACCGCAACCAAGGGCGCAGACAACUCUCCUCGGAAGCAUUCCCUCUAGACGGCGUCACCGUCAUCACCAACACAAUGGUUGAGAAUAUCCUCGUGUCCAAGAGUCCCAACAGCAUCGCCAUCACAGCCAAGGGCAUCCGCCUGCAAAACGGAACAGAGUACUACAGCCGCAAAACGAUCCUCUCCGCCGGCGCCUACCGAACCCCCCAACUUCUCAUGCUCUCGGGCAUCGGUCCCGCUAACGUCCUAACGGAGCACGGCAUCGAGGUGAAGCUCGACCAGCCCGAGGUCGGCCAGAACAUGCACGACCACAUCCUCAUGCCCACGGCGUGGAAGGUCAAGAACCCCUCCGAGGGCUGGGCCUACGAGUCGGACAACCCGCUCUUCAAAGAGCCUCAGUACGGCCGCGGCAACAAGAUCGACUUCCUCGCCACCGUCACAUUACCCAAGGAAGGCCUUGCGGCGGCCAUCGCAGAGGACGAGGGCGGUGUCGCGCCGGGCCCGGAGCACCCGCUCCUCCGCCAGGAUCGCGCGCACGUCUCCCACACGUUGCAGUACAACGGCGCCUCGACCGACGGCUCUGCUGUCCAUAUGCUGUCCAUCGUGCUGAUCGAUACCUCGCGGGGCUCGGUGGGUAUCUCGUCGGCCAACGUCAGCGACCCGCCCGUCAUCGACCCGAACUACCUCAGCACGGCGGUGGACAGGUACGCUGUGCAAGAGGCUCUCAAGUUUGAUACUAGGCUCCUGGGAAGCGAUCUGACGCCCGUCGGUCGCGAGAUUCUUGAUGGGGAGCUCACGGCUGACACGCCUUUGACGGUGGAUUCCCCUGACGAGGCCUUUGCUGCGCGUGCCCGCCAGGUUGCAGGAUCAUGCUUCCAUCCCAGCGGAACGGUGUCCAUGGGCAAGGUUAUCAACACCGACCUCAGCGUCAAGGGCGUUGACGGGCUUUUCGUCGCCGACUCGUCCAUCUUCCCGGUCUCCAUCUCGGCCAACCUACAGGUUGCCAUGUACGCCAUGGCGCUCCAGGCUGCGGACAUUAUUGGGGAGCACGGGAGCAAGUGUCGUCAGAUCGGGACCACCUUAUAA